AUGAGUCGGCCAGCUAAAGCUCGACCUGGGAUUAGAAAGGAAAGCCAGCCCCGCCAUUCUUACCUCCUAGGACGGGAUCGGACGAGUUGGGGACAACGGAACGACAACGCGGUUGCGGCGCGGGGAGGUGUUGGCGUGCGACGGUGCGAGACAGAAACCGAGGUUGGCUCUUGCCUCUGUUUGUCCCUGAUCCCGGUCGUCACUGCUGGUUUAGAUCACGGGAGGUGGCGAGAGAUGGCAGAGAACUUCUUCUUGCAUCUACUCACGCCGGUGAUUUGCGGUUGGGUCUUACACGAUGGAGGUGGGAUGGAGUUUGCGGAGCCUUGGAUUUUGCUCCAUAAAUUUUAG